CCGCCGCCACGCACCGGAUCCGGCUUCGGCUGGGCGCAGCGACUGCGGCUCCUUUCGGCGCCCCGCCCGCCUCUCAGAUCCCUGGCGAAGGGGAAUCUCCCUCCCCUCGACCGAGCCUGAUGUGCGGCAAUCGGGGCUGCCGAGAGACCUCGACGAGCCGGGCGCCGGGUCCUUGUUCCGCCCACCCGCGCUGGAGCCCCAGUGACCAGAAAGGGACCUUUUAGCCGCGAUCGCUGCCCCUUAGUAUAGCAGCAGCAGGGUCCGUGCUGUUCGGCUUCCUCCGUUGGCCGGAGGGCGAGAGAGAGAAGGGAAGGGGGGCGCGGCGAAGGAGGCGCACGAAGGUUUGAAAGGGAGGGAGGCAACGCGGGCGGGGAGUGGCGGCGGCAGAUGGGCGCGCCUUGAAGAGAGCGGAGGCAAAGGCGCGCGAUCGGCGUCUCCAAGCGCAUCUAGGCAGAUCCGCGGACACCUAUGCGUGAGGGUUGGCGGAGAACCCUGCAGGGAAAUCCUCCCCCACCUCCGGCCGGCUGUUGCGGCGUCGCGACCGACUCGUGAAGCCCUUGGAUCGCGGCGGCGGGAACGACGACAGCAGUCGCCGGUACGCGCCGUGCGCCGCCUUCCCCAGUCCCCCUUAUGUGAGCCUCGCCGGCUGCCUCCUCCUGCCGGAUGGCGAUAGACCGGCGACGAGAGGAGGGUAGCGGUGGCGGGCGGCCCCUCCCCGAGGAGAACGGCUCUUUGCCUGCCGGAGAGGCGGACCCUGCGGCAGCCGCCGCCGCCGCCGCCGCUUCAGCCGCACCCCCUGCAGGGGGUCUGGCGGCCGAGAUCCAGAGCCUGCCUCUUCCUACGGCGCCGCCGCCGCCGCCUCCCUCCGGGUCCUGCAGCCCCCUGCUCUUGGAUUACGAUGGCUCCGUGCUGCCUUUCCUGGGGGGUCUGGGCGGCGGCCACCAGAAGACCCUCAUUCUUCUCACCUGGAUCCCGGCCCUCUUCAUCGGCUUCAGCCAGUUCUCGGACAGCUUCCUCUUGGUGCAGCCCAUCUCUUGGUGCAAGGGCACGGAUGGGCAGGGCAACUGGACAGGGCACCCUCAGCUGCCCGAGAGAAGCUUCGCCGCCAGCCCGGGCUACAACCACAGCAACAGCAGCAUUAGCAGCAGCUAUAGCCGGGGGAUGAUGGCUGCCCCAGAACUGCCCACCCCGGAGGGGAAGAACGACAGUUACUGCCACUGCAGCGAGAGGUACCACCGGAUCACGGCCGGCCUUCAGCAGAAUAUAGUGAGCAAGUGGGACCUGGUCUGUGAUUCUUCCUGGAAAGUCCACAUUGCAAAAUUCUCUCUGCUUGUAGGAUUAAUCUUUGGCUACCUAAUAACAGGAUGUAUAGCUGACUGGGUUGGUCGUCGGCCAGUGCUGCUCUUCUCUGUGUUAUUCAUUUUGAUAUUUGGACUGACAGUGGCUCUCUCGGUGAACGUGACGAUGUUCAGCACACUCAGGUUUUUUGAAGGGUUUUGCCUGGCUGGAAUAAUCCUUUCACUGUAUGCACUGCGGAUAGAGCUCUGCCCUCCUGGUCACCGUUUCAUGAUCACGAUGGUGGCGAGCUUCGUGGCCAUGGCAGGGCAAUUUCUCAUGCCGGGUUUGGCUGCCCUCUGCAGGGACUGGCAAAUUCUUCAGGCCGUCAUCAUCUGCCCUUUCCUGCUGAUGUUACUGUAUUGGUUCAUUUUCCCAGAAUCUCUUCGGUGGCUGAUGGCCACACAACAGUUUGAAGCUGCAAAGAAGCUCAUUCUUCACUUAACUCACAGGAACAGGACGAGCACAGAAUGUGAUAUCAAAGGAGUGAUGCCCGGCCACAGGUGUUUCCCCACAGCUCUGCCAGGAAAUGAGGAAAAGGACAGCCCGUCCCGGAGCUCUCAUGGCUCUGCUAUCAGGGAGUUCCAGAUGGGGGAUGUGGGAAGCAGCCAGGCUGGAGAACUAGAGAAAGAAAUUGGCAGGAGGUCAAAGAAGGUCUGCAUUGUUAAAGUGGUGGGAACUAGGAACCUGUGGAAAAACAUUGUUGUGCUCUGUAUAAAUUCGCUGACUGGGUAUGGGAUACACCACUGCUUUGCAAAGAGUAUGAUGGGUCACGAAGAUAAGAUGUCACUCACCAACAAUUUCUAUGCGGACUACUAUACCAUGGCAGGGAUUACUCUGGCAUCCUGUCUGGCUAUGUGCCCAGUUGUUGGUUUCCUUGGGCGGAGAGGGGGAUUGCUGCUCUUCAUGAUCCUCACCGCUCUGGCUUCACUUUUACAACUAGGCCUUCUCAACUUGAUAGGAAAAUACAGUCAACUUCCAGACUCAGGUAUGAGUGACACUGUAAAGGACAAAUUCUCCACUGCAUUUUCCAUCGUGGGCAUGUUCUCAUCGCACGCAGUUGGUAGUCUCAGUGUUUUCUUCUGUGCGGAAAUCACACCAACAGUAAUAAGGGGUGGUGGGCUAGGCCUGGUCCAGGCUAGCGCAGGCUUUGGUAUGCUAACAGCGCCCAUCAUGGAACUCCACAACCAGAAAGGCUACUUCCUCCACCAUGUGAUCUUUGCCUGUUGCACACUCAUUUGCAUCAUCUGCAUUCUCCUCUUGCCGGAGAGCAAAAACCAGAACCUGCCAGAGAACAUUCAGGAUGGUGAACAUUACACCCGGCAGCCCCUCCUGCCCCACAAGAAGGGGGAGCAACCCCUGCUGCUGACGAACUCUGAACUCAAGGAUUACUCUGGCCUCCAUGAUUCAGGAGCCGUGAGCGAUGGGGUGACCGAGAGUGUCACUGCCAAUGGGAUGAAGGCGAUGUAGCUGGCUGGAGGAGGACGAGGAGGAGGAGCGCUUGGGCGCGGGAGUGCUUUCCACACAAGGUUUACAGAACAGUGAAAGAAGGGAUGGAUACACAGGGGAAUUGGACUCUGCUGCUAAAGGAAUCUUUGACUGGGGUAUGCACAUGGCUUUGGAAACAGUUAUGGGGUGGGUGGGUGGGGGGAGAAUGCAGCUUCAAAGCAAACUGGCUGGAGAUAACCACCCAUCGGAACAUUUUUUUUUCUUUCUGCCAUGAAAUGUUUCUAUUUAUUUUGAUGAUUUUUGUUUUUGUUUCCAUGAAGCACUUUAUUCCCUUUUCCUCUUGUUGACCACAAACAUGAAGCCAUGUUGUUUUCAAGAAGAGCAGCCAUUCCAAGAAAGAAAUCAUGGGGUUCAUUUCAUGUGUGUUUUUUAAUCGUCUCUUGUGUAUUUUUGUCGGAGGAAUGUGGUAUCUCUUGCUGCGACAAUGAAUUUCUUUGACUACUGAAAUUUUUGAUUCAACCAAUUUUCUUGGUCUCUCCAGGUAAUCCAAUCCUCCCUUUCCUCCGCCCCACCUACUGUAAUAAGUGUGCAUUCAAAGCUCUGACUUGAAAUUCUAGGUAGCAGAAGCAAGAGUUUGGCUAGUGGGCCUUAGUGUAUUUUAUAAAGGCUGUUUUCUAAAUUUUAAAUGUAGAGGAGUCCAUAUAUGACUUGCAGUACAAAGCCGAAAACAAACCACUGCGCAAGCAAGUUUUGUAUGGAUUUAAAUGAGAAACGUGUCUCUUUAUAGAGAAUUCUUGUAAGUGUUUAUUAAUAAUAACAAGAAGCAAUUUCAAAAGGCAUUACUCAAUGGUAAGCUCAAAGCUUUACCAAGAGCGGUUUUAACUUAACAGGAGGCCUCAAAACUAUUAGGUAGUGGGUUUUUUGGAGAAUAUCUCCAGGUUGGGAGGGGAAAAUGAUGGCCAGAAGAGUUUAUGACUCUAAAAUGCUUGUUCCAAAAGCAGCUAGGCUGGAAUUCUGGCAUUCCCAACAUCUGUUCAGCUCUGUACCCUCAUUAUCCCCAAGACUGUUGGAUUCUAAUGGAUAAAUAUAAGUGAUAAACUGUAAAUAAACUGACAUAAUAGGUUAAAAUUUAAGGGGAAGAGGAGAGGGGGAAAGGGGGAUUAAGCCAUUGAAAGGGCUCUGUGGAUGUUUUAAGUAGAGGCCAGAGUGGUCUCCUUAUGAGAUCAGUAACAGAGUUUUUCAAGGAUAGGGUUGCAUAUUGUCAGCUACCUGCCAUCUCCAACAUGAAAACCUAUCGGGAAUGGCCAUCAUUAAGUGCACCAAAAUAAAAUCCCAAGUGCUCUUGUAGGUUUAUUUAUCCCUGCCCCACCCCAGAUAAAACAAUAAGCCAGUCCCACAGGAUCACUUGGCUGAAAAUAAGUCACUUAAGACUCAACAUCCACUGAAGUUCAACAAGGGCCCUGCUUCUGCAUAAGAUGCAUCUAGGGACAGGGUGUUCAUAAAGCAAAGAACGCUUCUUUCUUCCUCUUCCCCCAAAGAGCCGGCAAUAAUUUAAGUUGCGCUGGCUGUUUUAACCUUCGUUCUUACUCAAGCCUUGGCUAUUUAAGCCUCGGUCCUUACUCAAGAGUCAUUCAGAGCCACCAUCAGGCAAGGAAGUUCUGAACUCCUGGUGGCUGUGCUGCAUACAGUGACCUGCCCCACUCCCUCCCCUUCCACUCAGACCAUGCAUUUGUGAUUUGAUUGCCCAGUGGUCCAGCCAGCCGUUUCAAUGAAUGCAGCAGCCAGAUGUGUGGUGAUGUGUAGAGCCAUCCGUUUGACUGUCACUUUGUUCAGUGUCCAUCCUGCAUUCGUGGGCAAAGGGAAGGGCUCAAUCCGGUGCUUCCCUCCCUGCCGUGUCCCUUCUUUGCUCUAUAUAUUGUCUGUUGACUUGACUUAUCUGUGUUUCUUCUUCCGCCUCCCUCUGCCAGGCUGCUUUUUGCAUUUCCGUGAGCUGCCUCAAGCCCACCAGACUGCUUGUCAUGGGGCAAAUAGUGCAGGGCGGGCGGGCUAACGCCCAGGGUGCAAAAUCAGCCUGCGGAAGAGAUGGGAGUUUGUGUACUUGAGAAGAAAAUGAUGUUUGUUGUAAAGCUGCUAACUUUCAUACAGAGGAUGAGAUGCUCGGGGAAAUCUUUCUCAAGCCCUGUUAAGAAAAACAAAACAAAACACUGGAUUGUUCAAUGGUCAACUGUUGUUGUUGUUUUCCUCCUGAAGUGCCACUGCUGUGUUCACCUCAGUGGGACUUGCUGAAAAAGUGUGAGUCCAAUCUUCCUUACUCUCUCUUAGGCAACUGUCUGGCUCUAGUAACCAAAAUGGCCGCCUCGCCUCCAUUCUUCUUUAAUCUCCAGACAAUUUCAACCUUCCAUUCGCAUUGAAAAACAAGGCCUUUCUGAAUUGUGCAGUAUUCAUGUGCCAAAUUUGUGUGAUGCCUUUUGCCUUUUAUAUAAUGCUUGUUACAAGCUACAUAAUCAGGAACAGUGGGUUUCUAGUAAAAUCUAUGAAGGAUAAAUCUGACUUGUUUUGAGUGGGGCCUUGGAAAGCAUUUGAAGGAGAGAGUUGGUUAUCGAUAUGAGAAGGCUCCGAGCGAACACACAGCACUUUUUUGCAAUCCGUGUGGUACGGAACAGCUUUUUAAUUCCCCACCUCUGUGCAUAUAUUCUUAGAAUAGAGUACAACUCAUGUUUGACCACUUGCCAGCCGAUGGAGUUUAUUGCAUUUUAACACUGUUAAAGUCCUUGUUGUGCUCAUUUCUGUCACCUGCCGUGCUUUCUAGUUUCCUGUUCUAAUAUGAUGUUCCUUAACUUUACAAACAAGCAAAGCGAGAGAGAAAAAUAAUUGUAUCAACAUAUUUACAGAAUAAUUUAAGAUGACAGGAGCACUUGGUGAUUUAAACAAAACCACAUAAUUUUUAUGAAAAUAAUCUUGAUUUUGUUGUUGUGUUGUUUUGCUUGAAAUCUGACAUUUGGAAUUAGUACUUUACAGUUAGUUCCCAAAUUAUCUUACGGGUCGCUCAGUUCAAAAGCAUUUUCCAUCAUAUUUUUAUUGAAGAGGUUUCUAAAACAAAUAUUUCAGCGCUUGUCCAAUCACUUGUGUGGCUUAUGUGAUUCAAGUCAGGUGUGAUAAAGAGACAAGACAAAUGUUAAAAUAGACCCAGAACACAUUACUUUAAAAAUGUAGCUGGCUGGUACAGCUCUUUUUUUUAAAAAAACCUCUAGAGUAAGUGCAGAGGCACUGAUUUGGAUUAGGACCUUAGCUUGAGGUGUAGAGAGACUUUUUAUCCUUACCCUUGCUCAGAAUUGGCACUCUACACCUGCAAUUUAUAUUGCCAAAUCCAUUGCUUUAAUAGAUCACUAUUUGGCAAUAUAUAUUGCAGGUGCUGGACCUGAUUAUAAGCACAGUGGGAGGAUUUAACCCUAACCCUACUGCCACCCCCACCCCCUCAACCAAGCUAAGGCCUAGCUGUGCUUACAUAGCUAGUAGUUCUGUCUUUAAAGUAAUGUGUGCUUUGGCCUAUAUCUUCUCACCAAGAGGACACUCCUGAUAGGCUAAAUUGCAGUCCUGUGCAACUUAUUCUUUGCCCUGCCAGAUGCUUGAUAACCCUGGGUACUUUUACCAGUCACAAGUCAUUGUGAGAGAAGUGGAGGGAAAACAUGGGAGUUACAAAUGGAAGAUGAUGCUAUCUGGACACGGACACACCCAAUAAAAUUCCAUGUUUGAGGCAGGGCAAUAGCAGAAUGAAUGCUUUGUCUCAAGAUUCCACAUCAGAGGCCUGCAAGUUUGACAAGCCCACUAUCAAGGAGACACAUGAGGACUAGUUUGUAUUGCACUUCAUGGGGCUUAUUCUAAGGCUCCACAACAAAAACUGGGGGCAUAGAGACAGGCAUAUAUGUUUUCAGUGUGUGGAAGGUUCCAGGUAUGACAGAGGCACUGCUGGUGAUGGUGUUGGCCAUUUAUCCUGCUGUUGUCUCUGAUGGGACAGGUUUUGCAGUCUUUUUGUAGUAGUUCAAAGAUCUGCAAAAUUCUAUUUGAGCAGCGGCUGCGGAGGGGAAUGAGAACAAAGGCAGCAAUCCUCUAUCACACCACAUCCAGCUCUAUUGUUUGUCCCCAACCUGGAUUCCUCAAAGCUUCAUUGGUACUCCUUUUCUUUAACAGAAAAGAACAUACUCCCCAAUUAAGAGGAGCACAAUUGCACCCACUGGCCUCUCCCAGGAACAGCCGUAUGUUUGGCAGUAGUCUUUGUGCCUACAUGCAUUGGCCUCAUUAGCAGUACUGUGCAUGGCUUGCAGUACCCCUUAGUCCAUUAAGAGUAAUCCUUGGGCAUUAACCAGAUUUUCAAUGUCAUUUCUUUCCUGCUCAGGAACAAGUGGUAACUCCAGUGCUGUAGGAAAGUGGGGACCAUUAUCAUUACAGCCUCAACCUACGGUGGCCACAGAUUUCUAGCCAUGACAGAUUGCAGUGACGGGACUUGCAUGCCAACGUGUGCUCAGAUCAACUUUUGGGGUGCCUCUACAAGACAUCCUAGAUGUCAAUGGGUGGUGUGGCAAAAGCUCAUUCUUGCAAUUAAUUAGAACAGCUUUAGCACAGGGUGGCUGAGAACUGUGGCUGCUGGAGGCUGAGGAUCAAUGAAGUCCAUGCCCACUGCCAUGAUUUUAGAUAGCACAUUUGAAAGGUUUCAUAGGGUCGGCAAGUCAUUCCAAUUGGGAACCUAAGGUGGUUGCCAAGCCUGAAGAGAGGGAGGUAUAAACCCCACCAAGUGUAACAAGUUCUCAAGUUCAUCCUAACAGGGAAAGCACUGGCAAAUAUACUGUCCACUUAAAUUAUUAUUUUAUCCUGUUUUCUAUGAGCCAAGAUCAGCCAGUUUGCCUGGUAUUUUUUUGUUUUAUUUAUUUAUCAUUGAAAAUAUUCUCUCAAAACUUUAACAGCAUGAAAGUAAAAAAUCCGAAUUGAACUUUAAGAGAAAGGGAAAAAAAGUUUCUUUAACAAUUUGUUACCAAAACACUAUAAACUAUGUUAUUGAUGCUUACAGGAACAGGUUCCUAUUUGGGUGUUUUGAAUUGUUGGCUGUGGUUGUUUCAUUUAUUAAUUGGACGCAUUUCAUUUAUGUUGCCAGUUCCCAAAACCAAACAAAAAGGAGGGAAAUCACCGAACUCAGAAGUGCCAUUAAAAUGAACUCUGAAUGUCCUAUUAAGUUGCAUCUGUAUCCGGGACAGAAAGUCAACAAUUAAGCGUGGCAGACCUUUCACAGUUGAUUUUUUU